UCACAGCCUUUGUUGCUCUGUGAUCUGCAGGUCCUGGGAGAAGCACAGCUAAGAUGCCAGGGCAUCCUGGAAGCUGGGAAGUGGGGACAUUGUGUAAUAUCGCUGGGCCUCACACAUACGUUACGUGACUCUCCUGCCUGUGCCCUGUCCAUGUGGGCCGUGGUGACAUAUUGCUGGGUCCAACAUCCGGUUGAUGUAACUCUACUGCCUAGGUCCUGCCUAAGGAGGACAUUGUGAUGUAUCCCUGAACCCAUCACACAGAUUCUGCCCUCAGAGGAUAUUGUGACAUGUCACUGGGCCUAAUACUAAGAUGACAUCAUUGUUUAGUUUUAGCACUGCCCUCAGAAGCCAUGGUGGUGUAUUGCUGGGCCCAGAGCCAAUGUGAUGUGAGUCUCCUGCCUGGAUCCUGCCUACAACGUGCAUUGGGACAUAUCUCUGGGCCCUUUGACUAUUUUAUGUGACUCUCCUCUCUUACCUGGAUGUUGCCCAAAAAGAGAUCGCGACAUACUUUGCACCCAGGACUGAGGUGAUUUGACUGUCCUCUUCAGCCUGCGCUUUGCCUACAGGAGAGAGAGUGACUUAUUACUGAGUUUAGCAUACACAUGAUGUGAUUUUCCUCCACUCACAGAAGUCAUUGUGACAUAUAUCUUGGCCCAUCACUGAGAUUGUGACUGUCUUUUUCCUGGGACCUGUCCACAGUGGAGAGUAUGACACUUUUUGGCCAAGCACCUACAAGAUACGACUCUCUUCUUAUGCCUGGGUCACUGGGGUGAUUUUGACAUGUAGUUGGCCCCAGCUCCAAGAUUAUGUGACUCCACACUUCUUCCUGAGCCCUACCUACAGGCAGCAUUGUGUCAUAUCUGUGAGACCCUCAAUUAGGUGAAAUGACUCUUUUGUUUGGGCCCUUUUCUCAAGGUACUGUGACAUAUUGCUGGGUCCAGCAUCUAGGUGUUGUAACUCUACUGUACUGUUUGGUUUCUGCCUAAAAAGGGAUUGUGACACACCACUCUAUCAAGAACCUAGAUGAGGUGACUCCUCUCCAGCCUGGGAUCUGCAUACAUUGCUUAUUGACACAUAUCACUGGCUCCAACACCUAGGAGAAGGCUGUAACAUAUUCCUGGUUGAGUAUUCGGGUGAUGUGGCACUCCUGUGUUGUCCCUGCCUUCAGAAAAGAUUGUGAUGUAUUCCUGGCCAAAAACCCAGGUGAUGUGACUCAUUUCUCCCUAUUCACAGGGAGCGUUGACAUUUAGAGAUGUGGCCAUAGAAUUCUCUCUGGAGGAGUGGCAAUGUCUGGACACUGAACAACAGAAUUUAUAUAGAAAUGUGAUGUUAGAUAACUACAGAAACCUGGUCUUCCUGGGUAUUGCUAUCUCAAAGCCAGACCUGAUCACCUGUCUGGAGCAAGGAAAAGAGCCUUGGAAUGUGAAGACACAUGAUAUGGUAGCUGAACCCCCAGUUAUAUGUUCUUAUAUUGCCCGAGACCUUUGGCCAGAGCAAGGCAUAAAGGAUUAUUUCCAAGAAGUCAUACUGAGACAAUAUAAAAAAUGUAGACAUGAUAAUUUACUGUUAAGAAAAGGCUGUAAAUGUGUGGAUGAGUUUAAGAUGCACAAAAAAGUUUAUAAUAGACAUAACCCGUGUUUUACAACUACCCACAGCAAAAUAUUUCAGUGUGACAAAUAUGUGAAAGUCUUUCAUAAAUUUUCAAAUUCAAACAGACAUAAGAUAAGACAUACUUCAAAGAAACCUUUCAAAUGUAAAGAAUAUGGAAAAUUAUUUUGCAUUCUUUCACACUUAGCUCAACAUAAAAAAAUUCAUACUGGAGAGAAACCCUACAAGUGUGAAAAAUGUGGCAAAGCCUUUAAUGAGUCCUCAAACUGUACUACACAUAAAAGAAUUACUGAGAAAAAACCUUACAAAUGUAAAGAAUGUGGCAAAGCCUUUAACUGGUUUUCACAUUUUACUACACAUAAGAGAAUUCAUACUGGAGAAAAACCCUACCAAUGUGAGAAAUGUGGCAAAUCUUUUAACCAAUCCACAAACCUUACUACACAUAAAAGAAUUCAUACUGGAGAGAAACCCUAUAAAUGUGAAGAAUGUGGCAAAUCCUUUAACCAGUCCUCAAACCUUACUGAACAUAAGAAAAUUCAUACUAAAGAACAACCAUACAAAUGCGAAAAAUGUGGCAAAGCUUUUAAGUGGUCCUCAACCCUUACUAAACAUAAAAGAAUUCAUACUGGAGAAAAACCCUACAAAUGUGAAGAAUGUGGCAAAACUUUUAACCGAUCCUCAACCCUUAAUAGACACAAGGUAACUCAUACUGGAGAGAAACCCUACAAAUAUAAAGAAUGUGGUAAAGCUUUUAACCAAUCCUUAACUCUUACUACACAUAAGAUAAUUCGUACUGUAGAGAAAUUUUACAAAUGUGAAGAAUGUGGCAAAACCUUUAGCCGGAUCUCACACCUUACUACACAUAAGAGAAUUCAUACUGGAGAGAAACCCUACAAAUGUGAAGAAUGUGGCAAAGCUUUCAACCAGUCCUCAACCCUUACUACACAUAAAAGAAUUCAUACUGGAGAGAAACCCUAUGAAUGUGAAGAAUGUGGCAAAGCUUUUAACCGGUCCUCAACCCUCACUAAACAUAAGAUAAUUCAUUCUGGGGAAAAGAUGUACAAAUGUGAAGAAUGUGGUAAAGCCUUUAGGCGGUUCUCACACCUUACUAGGCAUAAGACAAUUCAUACAUAAAAUUGUAAAGACUGUGGCAAAGCUUUUAAACAAUCUUUAUACCUUACUACACAUAAGAUAAUUAAUGCUGAAGAGAAACCCUACAAAUGUGAAGAAAGUGGCAAAGUCUAACCAGUCUUCACACUUUACUACACAUAAGAUAAUUCAUACUGGAGAGAAACCCUACAAGUGUUAAGAAUAUGGCAAAGCCUUUAACAAAUCCUCAAUUCUUAACAGACAUAAGAUGAUUCAUACCAGAGAGAAACUCUACAAUCCUGAAAGUUGUAACAAUGCUUUUGACAACACCUCAGACUUUUCCAAACAUCAAAGAAAUGCUGGUGAGAAAUUCUAGAAAUAUGAAGAAAGUGACAAGGCCAUUAAUUUGUUGUCACAUUUAAUUGUAGGUAAGGUGAUUCAUACUGGAGAAAACUUCUACAAGUGUGAACAAAGUGGCAAAACUUUUAACCAAUGCUCACACUUUAUUGCACAGGACAUUUAUACUUGAGAACAAAUAUACAAAUAUAAAGAAAGUGAAAACCCUAUUAAUGCCUGCUCACAUCGACUCAACAUCAGAGUUCAUACUUAAUAAAAUCAUUAAAAGUGUAAUUACUGUCCAAAGAUUUUUUCAGAAAAUAUAAGCCUUUAAACUUCAGAAGAUGAUUUAUUUUGAAGACAAACAUUAAAAUAUAGAGUUAUAGUAACUUUACUUGUAUCACAAUCUUAUUCUGCUCAUUUCGUAUUAGAGGCAAACCCUGAAGCCACUGCUUAAACUUUGUUCAACAUCAGACAGAGAAUUUGUAUUAAUGAAAAACUCUCCAAAUAAAAUAGAUUUGGAGAAAACAUUUUUUUCAAAAACUACAGCUUAGAACACUUCAGAGAGUUUAUACUAAAAUAUAUUUUUGCAGAUGCAAUAAAUAGAAAAAAAAUGUAAUACAAAAUUAAGUCUAUGUAAGUCCAGGCACAGUGGCUCACACCUGUAAUCCCAGCACCUUGGGAGGCCAAGGCUUGCAUUUCUGUAAUAAUAACUGACAUUGAUAAUUUCUUAAUGUAUCUGUUGGUCAUAUGUAUGUAUUUUCUUGAAAAAUAUUUAUGCCUCUUGCUCAUUUUUAAUAGUUAUUUGUUGUUUGUUGUGUAGUCAUUUGUUUCUUACAUAUUUUUGAUAUUAACCCCUUGACAUAUGUAUGAUUUACAAAUAUUUUGUUCCAAUUUUUAGUUAACUUGUUGACUGUGUCAGAUUCUGUGCAACAGCAUUUUAAUUUGUAGUAAUCUGACUCAUUUGUUUUUCCUUUUCUUCCCUGGGAUUUUGAGGUUAAAUUUAAAAAGUCACUGCCCAACCAAUGUUAUGGGGCUUUUACUCUAUUUUUUGUAGUAGUUUCCAGUUUUCAGGCCUUACAUUUAAGUAAUUUAUUUUGAGUGGCCAGGCAUGGUGGCUCAUGACACUAAUCCCAGUACUUUGGGAGGCCAAGACAGGCAGAUUACCUUAGGUUAGGAACUCGAAACCAGCCUUGCCAACAUGAGGAAACCCCGUCUCUACUAAAAAUACAAAAAUUAAGUGGGCAUGGUGGCACCCACCUGUAAUCUCAGCUACUCAGGUUGAGGCAGGAGAAUCACAUGAACCUGGGAGGCAGAGGUUGGAGUAAGCUGAGAUCAUGCCACUGAACUCCAGCCUGGGUGACAGGGUGAGAUUAUGUCUCAAAUAAUAAUAAUAACAAUUUAUUAUGAGUUGGUUUUUAUAUAUGAUGUGAGAUGACAGUCUCAUUUCAUUACUCUAACUGUGGCUACAACAUUUUCUCAACACCAUUUAUUGAAGAUAUUGUCCUGUCUCUAAGAAAUAGUCACCUUUAUUUAAAAUCAGUUAGCUGUGAGUAGAUGGAUAUAUUUCUGGUCUUUUUUUUUUCUGCUCCAUUGUCCUAUGUGUCUGUUUU